UGAGGACAAUUGAUCUGGCUGACAAUUUGGGGUCAGGAGUCGAUGGAUUUCGACCUCAUUUCUGGUCUAGAAUAGGUUUCCUGUGGCCCUUUGCGCCUCACAGCUACUUCGGUUGAUCCUUUUUCGUUUUUUCUUGGUUCUUGACGGUUGAUUAGAAAGAUCUGGUCAGGGAUCAAUGGGUUUUAAUUGCUUUCUCGUGGCUUUUUUCGUGUCAUUGGUAGCUCUGGUUUCUUUGUGAACUCGAUCGAUGUUUUUGCUUCUUGACAAUCGAUCAUAAGGGUUUGGACGACAAGAUGAAUUCACAGCAUCUUGGUUUUCAAUAGGGUUUUGUGCUUGCACUUUGUCGCCUUACAUGUUAUUCGUUCUUAUCGUAGCUCCAUCCAUCCGGUUUCUGUGCGUUGUUGAUUGAUACUUUUUAUUUUUUCUUUAUUGACGAUAAAUCUGAAAGAUCAUGGUUUUCAAUUCCUUAAUAUCGAGAAUAGGGUUCAACUAACCCCUUUUGUGUCAUAGGUACUUCGUAACCAUUUUUGUGAAUUCAUUGAUCCCUUUGUUUCUUGAUCAUAUGUAUGUAAGAUCUGGGCGAUUAAAUGGGGUUACCACGAAUCGUUUUGUCCUGCACUCUUUGUCUUACAUGCAGUUAGAUCCUGUCUUACCGCCCCAUCCAUCAUUUGAUCACCUUCUUUGUGGAAUUGAUAGAUCUUUUAGCUUCUUGACAAUUCAUCUGAAAGAUCUGGGCUAGGGGAGGAGUUGACGGGCUUUGAAAUUUUCUACUAAGAAUCCUGGUCUUCGAAAGAAAUUUUGCACUUCGAUCCUGUCAUGCUUGUUGUACCUCCCAAUUCAUCACUUGCACAUUUUUCUUUCGGGAAUUGAUCCAUACUUGUUUGCUUCAUAAUGAUUUGUUGUUGUGAAGAUCUGGCCUCUGAGACUUGGACAGGAGCAGAGUGGUAGUCUUUUGGGUCUCACUCACAAUGGUGCCUUCAUAUUCUUACUACUUUGGAAUUUGUUCUCGGAUUGAUUCAGAGAAAGGGACAAUGAAGGACAUCUGGAGUUCCAGAUUUUCUAGUUAUAACACUGCUAAAUAUGUCAAGUAAAAAGGAAGAGAAAGCUCAGGUUGCAGCUGAUCGUAUAAAAGCAGCAGCGCUAUCAGCUGCAAAAGGUCUUAGUCGAGCUCAAGCUGAGCGGGCCGCCGCCGCUGCAGCUCGAAAUGUGAAUGCUUAUGGUCAGAAGGAAGAAGGACCAAGCCGAUGGCAAGAGAGGAAGGAAGCAAAGCGCCAAAUGUACUUGAUGAGUACAGAGAAAGCUGUCAGAUUGGGUGAGAGGAAGGAUCUCAAGUCUUGUGUUUCCUCUUCUGGUGGCACGUCCCAAUGUCAAAAGUGUUAUCAGGUUGGCCAUUGGACUUAUGAAUGCAAGAAUGAACGUGUCUACAUCUCACGGCCCUCAAGAACUCAGCAGCUCAAAAACCCCAAGUUGAAGAUGACCCCCUCGGUGUCAUAUGAAUCGGAUGACCCUGACAUUGUGAAGGAAGUAAGGGAUGAAAGACACAACAAGAAAGAGGCAGGGAAGAAGAGUAGCACAAAGAGCAAGAGAAAGCACAGAUCUGGUACUGAUUCGGAGGAGGACAGUAGUGAGGCUUCUUCUGUGUUUGAAACAGAGAGCGAGUCUAGCUAUAGUUACAGUUCAUCUGAUUCGGAGGAAAGGAGGCGACGAAAAAAGAAGCUUAAGAAAAGGAAACAUAGAAGGUACAGCUCGUCCUCUGAUUCUUCCGAGUCUGAAUCAGCUUCGGAUAGUGAUUCUGAUGAAAAGAGCAAAAGGAAGAAGAGCGGACGGCACACCCGCAAACGGGGCCGUAUCGUUGUUCCGUGAGAAGGUUCUGGACGCACCCGGAAUUAUCGAUCACAAGGAGCUGUCAGCCACGGCGGCCGAAUCCACGUGCAUGUCCUCCUGGUCCGACCGUUCCUCUAUCGAAACUUCUUCCCCGGUCUUAUCCUGUUCUCCCGUCCACGGAUCGACCAGAUGCGUAGAACACAGCACCAGUUUCCUGCAUGCAUGCUUUGCGUGCAAGACUAGCAUACCCACAGACGCAUCUUUCUUACCGUUUCCUUCUCACAUUUUUUAGGAUCAGUUGCAAAUAAUAACAUACUACUCUUAAUCUGAAGAGGCUUCACCAUCACCAACUACAGCAUGUUCUCAAAAACGAUUCUCGGCAUACUAAUAUUAUAUGUUUCCUCUCUCUCUGAUCUGAAACAUGAAUCACAUGUUUAAACCAUUGAUUAUAUAAAACACGACCUAAUUGAUUCGGGCUUCA